AUGAUUUCACUUUGGUUGUUUCUCCUUCUUCUUCUUCUUCAUGCAACAUCUGCUGGAAAGCUGACCGAGGCGGAAAAUGAACUACGGAAGGAAAAAUGCAAGCCUGUUGAGUCACAAGCGGGAACACGCUUCAAGAGACGGCAACCAGUCGAAGCUUCUGAAUAUCCCUUUGCUGCUGCCUUCUCCCGGAUUGAGGUAUAUCAUGGAUACAGGGAUCUCGAAACCGGAAAGACGUUAGAGUUGCACACGGAACCAGCGUGUAGCGGCGUGCUGAUUUCACCUAGACACAUCCUGACUGCUGCACAUUGCUUAUACGUCGAUUACAAAACUUCGUGUUCUCAAAGCUUACGCCCAACGUUACGGCCAGCGGAAAGCAUCGGCUUUUUCCUUCAAAGCGGCUGCAUAGAAGCGGAAUGUUGGAAUGCGAAAACUCCCUUUAAAUCCACAUCUGCAACUGUGCACCCCGACUACAAGGCUUGCGAACCUGAUGCUCUUAAUGGUGCUACAAACGACAUCGCUGUGGUAGAGUUGAGAGAGGACGUGAAUAAUGAUCCCAUUUGCAUGCCUGAGCCGAAUACUGCGAUCUCUAAUCAAAGAGAAUUCGAGUCUAUUGGUUACGGAAAAGGGGAUGGUAAACAUCGAAGAAUACAGUCAGUAAGGUACGAUGUUGUAAAAGAAAAGGGAAACAUUAUUUUCGCCUAUAACGUAACGAACAAAAACGACGUCGUAGAGGGAGACAGCGGAGGCCCACUUAUUCGAAAAUUAAGAGGAAAACACUACCUUUUCGGGAUAGCAUCGAAAGGAGUAGAAGAAUCCAAAUACUAUGGAUAUGGAGAAAACCCGACAAUCUCUGCUGGCGGUUACUUUGCCGAUGUGCGCAAGCAUCUAGACUGGAUUUGCGUUGAAUCGGGAGUUUGCUCUGAUACAGCCAAUCGUCAGAGUGAGUCAAUUCCAUCGCUACCAUUGGAACCUCCUUUGGAAUUCCAGAAGAAAUUCGCUGAGAAUGGCAACUAUUAAGCAAUCAAUGAUCAGCUUUUGCUCUCAGUAAAUGUUGCAGC